GGGGAUGCACUGGGGCAUCUCUCAGGAUGUCCUUGCUAGCCACUCUCUGGGGCCACCCAUAAGCAUACCUCCCUGCCUCGUUUGAGUCCUGCAGCCACCCUGUUUCUCACCCAGGGCCACAUUAGUCCUCCCCAGGGGCUGGAUUUCGGCAAGGAGGUGCUGGGCCAGGUGCGGCAGCUGCAGGAGCAGUGCAUGAGGCUGCAGGAAGCUGCGGAGCGGCUCUGGGGUGACACUAAGGACACCCGGGUGAGCACAGCCCCAGGCUCAGCACCGGAGCCACUUGUGCCAUGGCUGGUGUCUGAACCGGGCUGGGUACAGGCUUGCCCAGACUUGGUGCGUCCCCACUCCGAAGCAGCUCAGUGUGCCAGGAUUUUGCGGCCUUGCUGUGCUGGUGGAGCUGGUGAUGAACGAUGGCGAGUGGCUCCAAGGGAGGCAGAGGGGAGGGCAGCUGGCCGGGGGCACGUGGCAGGUGUGGAGCCUGCGCAGGAUGGCGGAGCACCCAGCCAUGAGCAAGACGCUGCUGGAGCAGGGCUUGGGUGUUGUGAGCAAGCAAACGCAUGCAGGAAUCGUGGCGGGGCUGGGGGUCCAAAGGGGAUGGCUGACACCAUGCCCCCCUCAGAAAGCAGACAAGGCUGCGCCGGAGACGAAAGCGAGCCAGGAGGAGCUGCAACAUGCCAUGGUCCAGCUGAGCAAGAUGAUGCAGGAGCUGCUGCAGAGAAUGUCUCUUCUGGACGAGGACAGGCAGAAAGGCCUGGAGAAAAUCCUCAGCGAGAUGGCCUCCAAGCUGGACUGUGCAGCACUGGCUCCCCUGCAGGCACAGCUGGAGCAGGUGUGGAGGCUCACCCAGCAGUGCCUCUGCCAGGGACCCUGCCGCGGUGCCAACCGUGCCGCCGGCUUCAAGAGGUGAGGGCUACCAAGUCCCACCCUAUCCCACCCCAUCCCCUUCUGUCCUCUCCUGUACUGCCCCAUCCCCUCCUAUGCUGUCCCAUCCUGCCCUGUCUGUCUCAUCCAGACCC